AAUGCAUCUACACUAAACACUUAUGCCUGGAUGGGAAGCAGAUACACUUGGAAAUUUAUGACCCUUGUUCACAGCGGGGGAAGCUCUCCCUCACAGACGAGCUCCACUGGGCUGAUGGAUUUAUCAUUGUUUACGACAUCAGUGACAGAGCAUCAUUUGCAUUUGCAAAAGCAUUGCUGUACAGGAUCCGAGAGUCUCACAUAGGAGCUUGUAAAAAAAUGGUAGAGUCAUCAGUAUUUUUGGUUGGUAAUAAACAGGAUUUAUGCCACAUGAGGGAAGUUGGCUGGGAUGAAGGACAAAAGCUGGCAAUGGAUAACAAGUGCCAAUUCUGUGAACUGUCUGCAGCAGAACAUUAUCAGGAAGUUGUGGCAAUGUUCACAAAAGUCCUGAGGAAUAUCACCUCAAAUUUCAAAGUGAAGGAAAAGAGACGACCAAGUGGAUCGAAGUCAAUGGCCAAGUUAAUCAACAAUGUGUUUGGAAAGAGAAGGAAAUCUGUGUAA